UCAGUCAAUGUCAAAUUUCGCUGAAAAAACAAUCGCUGAAGAUUUUGUAGGUACCGAGGCUAUUGAUUUUAUUUCAAGUCUUGAUCUUUUUUGUAAUAAAUAAUACAUUUGAACUAAUGAGGAUGUGAUGUAUUAACUUUAUUGAAAAACGCCAUGUCUGCAAAUGGGAACGGUGGCAUUUAUGCACCGUUGAAGCAAAUUCUCUCAGACUCCGAGUCCGAGGACGAAAAACUGGAAAAUGCCGCUCACAUCAAAGCUGCAGACAGUUGCAACAAUCUAGACUUCAACAGCGGUCUUCAUUCUUCCAAAAACUACAGCCUCAGUGACAUGGACGAGUUCAAUACUAACGUGAACACUGUCGAGAGCACGAUGGACAAUGUCAGCUUUUUGCAAUCUGAUAUGUCUAAUAAGAUGUCGUUGCCUCGACGGUUCGCUUUCAUCACUUCUAUUCUGCUUUGUAUUUUCACCGUGGUUAUAUUUUUGUGGGGUAUUCCUUGUUCUGAAGUGGGCACCUGUGUUAACCCUGAAUGGCAUGACAAAACGACCAGUUGGGAGCUGCCCUACGACGAUAUUGAGCUUUCUGGAUCUGUGCAGAUUGUUGAUGGGGCUGUACCGAAUACUAAGAAUUUAAUACUAAUUUACAGAGGUAACCACAUGAAACACGAGACUGAUGACAACAACAAUGUCAAUGGAGUACUACUUAUUGUUGGUAAAUCAGGAAAAGUAGGCUGGUACAUCAGGGAGAAGAGGAUACCUACUGAAAUCAACUGCCAUCUUCUGGACGUUAACAGGGACAGACAAAAGGAUUGCCUGUUCUCAGGUUCAAAAGGCCUUCUAGCUGCCAUAAACCCUCUGUCCGGGACUUACUACUGGUAUAUCCAUAAAGAUGGUCAAAUUUUCACAAACAUUGUUGCCAUUGAUUUCCCAAUAUUAAUGAAGGACAUUGAUAAGGACAAAGUUAACGACCUUUUGACUGUAGCAACAGUCUCUCCAAAUCCAAACCAUAAUAAUUUGGUGAUAGUGUCAGGAGCAACUGGCAAUAUCAUUGGAGAACCAAUGGUGAUUGAUGAUUGCUUAUCAGUUAAACUUCUUGCUGAAUCAGACUCCAUCACUUAUAUUUGUAAAAAUGGCACUACCAAAGCAGUCAGAUCAAUUCCAUUCCAUACUCUUUACAAAAAACUGCUAAAAAUUGAUCCAAGUACAAAUCACACACCUCCAGUUUCAACACCAAAAAAAGUCAAUCUCAGCUUAGAGAAAAACAUUGGCAAUACAAGAGAGACAUUCUCAAAUGGUCCUGGAAAGAUCAUUGUGGAAAAUUCUGGAGAGUGUCCCUAUUCUUGCAGAGUUAAUAUAAAACUUUUGCUGGAGAGAAAUGGAACCACUAAUGUGAGCUGGGAGUACUCUGCCAACCAUGUCUUUGCUAUGACCCCGAGUUCAUUUGCUUUCGCAAACUCUAUUAGAGGGUUUGUGUUGAAGUUAUGACAGUGGAACAGUGCACACUUGGCGAAGGGUGCACUGAAGAUAAAUGAAAUCAAAUAUAAUGUACAAAACCAAAGCCCAAAGAACAACUAUGACCUAUUCUAUUAUCGGCCUACUAUAAAUGUGGCUUCCAUAUCCUCAUUCAUAAAAUACAGUAAUUUUACAGCUCACGAUAUCUCCGAGAGGAUUGUCCUCGUCUCAUUUGAUAAGAUGCAAACGCACAAUGUAAAUAUCAGUCAGACAGAUAUACUACAAAUUUGUGUCCGUGGCCCCAUCGACACUCAAGCAGCUCUGCCUACUUGCCAGCCUGACUUGGAAUAUCAGGAGAAAUCAUUAAUGAUUGCAGAUUUGGAUGGAGAUAAGUCUCACGAGCUGAUAUCGUAUUAUAGCACAUUCAUUGCGCCAGAAACUUACAUUUCAAAAAACACGAAUCCUGUUAACAAUUUGCGUCUAACGUCUAUUGUCAGAGUUAUUCGUUUAGAAUCUGAAUUGCCAAAACUGUUUGUUGCAGAUAUUUACAACUAGUCUUAGCUUUAAUUUAGUUAUGGUUUUUGAAGAUUUUUGCCAAAUUCAAUGUUUAGAAAUUCAAUCCUGUAUUUAAUAAAUCAAACUAAAAAGUUUUAACAUACACAAUGAACAAUUAAUAUUUUUUGAUUGUCAAUCAAAUUGUGUGCGUUACUCCAGCUAGAAAGUAUCUCCUACAGAAAUAUGAAUAGAACUUAUAAUUAGUGCCUAAUCAGCUAUGUAUGUGCCCGGCAUAAAACAUUUGUGCCUGUUGUAGUUUUUUUUAAAUGGAAAAAACGAUUUCUGCUGGAGUAACGUUAUUCUAGCAAGAAAAUUUUAAACUAAUAAUUAGAGAGAUAAAUAUUAUUUAUGGUCACGUAGCUUAUGUGUGUGGAAGUAUGUACCGCGAAAAUAUAAUUUGUGCGUGUUUAGGUUAUGGAGAUACUGAGUUUUUUUGCUGGAGUAACGUUUUACAAUAAGCCAUUACAGGUACGCAUGUAGACUAAAUAUACACAAGUAGCUCUUGAUUUGUGCUCAUGGAACAUAUAAUUAGAUUUAUGAAAAUACUUAUAAUUUACGAGUUUUUUUCACCCGAGCGUAUUUGUUGGCUAUAUAAUCUCAAUUUUAUAAUGAAACAAAUUACCUGUAAUGGUUUAAGAGAUCAUGCCUGAUUAGGCAUGCCUCCUAAUUAGUGCCUAAUCAACUACAUAGCUGAUUAGGCAUUAAUUAUAGGUUCUAUUCCUAUUUCUGUAGGAGAUACUUUCUAGCUGGAGUAACGCACACAAUCGAAUCACCUUACAUGCCAGAUUUAUUGAAAUAAAGUUAAUUUAUCACUGUAAGCUAAUAAAAAAAUGUAUUUAGGAAUCUCUAGUCAUUUUUAUAUACAUGUAGGUGAAAGCUUUUUUUUUGCCUGGAGUGUUCAAUAAUAUGUAAUAUAAAUAGUUUAAGGUAGUUUUGAAAUAUAAUUAUCACAUAGUCAUUUAAUUAUAUUUUGAAUUUUUUUAAAAACUGUAAUCUACACAUUGAGGAACUAUAUUUACUUUCAUAGCUUAGGACAAGAAGUAUCCCAUUGAGUCUGAUCACUGAGUGUAAAUGAGAAGACCGAUCAGUAGUUGUGAUGUAACUGCAUGCACUUGCAUAAAUAGGGAUGUUGGCUGAUUUGAAUUUAAUACAGCACAAUAGGUACUACAGCGAAAAUAAAGAAACCUGUAAGAGUUAUGUUAUUUGUUAUAAAUCUUAUUAGAUUUUGA